UGAUUGUUUACAUCGCUCCAUGACAACAUGUAGUCAACACUCAGAUCGAUAAUUUUAAAGGAUCACUAGCAUUCACAAUGCCUCUCAAAACGUGUAUUUUAUGCGAAAAACGGCUCAAAAUACACCAACGCAGUCCUGUAAAUAAACAUGUCGCAAAAUAUUUAAAAAAGAAUUUCCUGAUAGAAACAACACAAGAUCAAUUUAUUUGUGGCAAGUGUAGUCGACCAGCGUAUUACGCUGCAUCACAUCAACCUUCUUGUGCACAACAACCUUCUUGUGCCUCUACCAGCUCAUUGCCGCCGCAAAAUGUUCUCCCAAACAGUCCUCCUUCAAUCAAAUUGAAUAUUAAAACAACAUCAAAAAGCCAUGCUUAUUGUUUCAUUUGCAAGAAACCUGGACCAAAAUUGAUUGUCGUUCCUACUUCUACAAGGACAGAAACCUUCAUUCAACAUAAUAUUUUAAUAACAGCGGAAAGUAGGUGUUGUCCCGGUCAUUUCAAGCAAAAUGGUACAUCCUAUGAAGAAAAUGUAAUUUCAAAAUUGUCUACAAUAGACAAUGUUUUUUUAAACAGAUCAUCUCUUCUUAAUCUUCUUACUGCAGUUCGAGAGUACUGCGUAUGUUCAAAAAGUAAGAGGCUGUCGUUUGAUGACUUAACAACUUUCAGUGAGGAAGACAUGUUAAAUCUUACCGGCAUUUCGGUGUCAAACUUUUUAGCACUCUUGAAAGCCGUCGAAUUAUCAAUAAGAAACACGCCUGCUAGAACUGUAGCAACUACUAUUGGAAUUUUCUUGUUUAAGUUAAAGUCAGGUCUAUCAAAUAAGGUCCUGUCAACUUUGUUUGACGUUUCAAAAUCAAGCGUCAGAAGAGCCAUACAAACAUCCAGAAAAGUACUUAUGACCGACUUUGUGCCUUUUAAUCUUGCUUUUCACACAUUUCACGCGAAGAUGUAAUAAAUAAACAUACCCGUAAUUUGGCACAACUUCUUUUCACGGAAAAUAAGGAACAAGUCAUCCUCGUUCUCGACGGAACCUACAUCUACAUUCAAAAAAGUGGAAACUUUCAAUUUCAACGGCAAACGUAUAGUAUGCACAAGGGAAGACCAUUAGUUAAACCCAUGGUUAUUGUAACAACAUCAGGAUAUUUUAUUUCCGUAAUCGGUCCAUAUUUGGCCAACAGCAAAAAUAACGACGCAUCAAUUCUGCAUCAUAUAAUUAAAAACAACAUCGAAGAAAUUAAAAACUGGGUCAAGGAAAACGACAUAUUUGUUGUCGACAGAGGCUUCCGUGAUGCCACCUCUCUGCUUGAAGAGCUCGGGAUCCACGCGCAGAUGCCGUCAUUUUUGCCGCGAGGAAGCAAACAACUACCAACUGAUUUGGCAAACUCUUCACGGCUAGUUACAAAGGUAAGAUGGGUAGUUGAAGCGGCUAACGCUAGAAUCAAGCGGUGGAAGUAUUUGGACCACAUCUUGCCAACGAAUCAAGUGCCAUACAUAGGCGACUAUAUUAAAAUUAUUUGUAGUUUAUGUAACAAGUUUCUUCCACCUGUGAGUGCCAACUGUGAAUCGUCUGAAGAUUUUUUAUGUGCGGAAAGGAUGAUGGCCAAACUAAAAGAAGAAAAUAAAUUGCAAAAAUGUGUAGAAGAUAAUAAUCUCCAUCGCCGUAGUAUCAGUAAAUGGUCGUCUGUUAACGAAUCUGUUUCCAACUUUCCUCAACUUGACGAAACAAUGCUUAAACUCCUGACGCUAGGCACCUACCAGUUGAAGCUCUGUCCGUCUUACAUUCAAGAAUAUAUGGGCUCUGAAUGCACAAUCGAUGUGUUCAGAGAAACUUGUGAUCUCAUUCGUGUCCGUCUUCAAAGCCGUCAUAUUUCAUCAAAGACUUAUCAGGUCUGGAUUCAAUAUGACUCAGACCAUGUUAAAGCAUGGUAUUGUCAAUGCCGGGCAGGUGCGCGUACUGUUGGCACGUGUUCGCACGUUGCAUCUGUCAUUUGGUAUUUGUCUGGUUAAUCCGGGCCAAUAAUGAUUGUGGCAUUCAGGACUGGGGCAAAUAUAUUGAUGACGCGUCUCAUGUGCCACAAACUGUGGACACUUCCGACUCCGAGUCAUAUGUCAGUACUGUUGAGGAGUAAAUAAGUCUUUGGAAUAUUUUUGACGGAAUAUAUCGACGACUAAGGUCUUAUUUACUCCUCAAUAUGUCGGUAUUUUCUACUGGUAAAACUAUCUGAAUUAGCUAAAGGCGUAUCUCGACUUUUAACCUGUAAUUGUUUCAACAGUCGGACAUAUUGUAUUAAGCUUUUAUAUAUUAU